CGGGGCGGCGCCGGGGCGGUCCGGUGACGCGUUCCGGGCGGGCUCCGUCUUCCGGCGGGGCCAUGGCGCCGUUCCCGUCGGGGCUGCUGGUGCUGACGGCCCCGCUGGGCUCGGUACCGGGCCGGGCGGCGGCUGCUCUGGCGGCGGCGGCGGGGUUGGUGGCGGGGCCGCUCUACGUUCACCUGCAGCCGGGGCUGCUCCUGGGGGGUCCCGCGCCGCUCCCCGCCGCCCCUCCGCCAGCUCCGGCUCUGCUCCGGGCUUUGGCCGCCCUCUACUCGGCGGCGGCGGCGCACCGGGGGCUGGACGUGCGCGUCCUGCUGGGCCACGGGCACCGCCUGGCGGAGCCGCCCCGCGUCCUGCUGGCCGACGGGGGGGUCGGCGACGAGGAGCCGGUGAGCUUCGGGCUCCGGCAGCUGGCGGCCGCCGCUUACGGUUGCCCCCCCGGUUUGCCGGCCCUGCUGCUGGGCGGCCCCGACGGUCCCCGGGCGGCCCCCGAGGGCUCCGAGGGGGAGCUGCCCGCCUACCCCGACGUGGUGGUCGGGGGCACCUUCGACCGGCUGCACGGUGCCCACCGGCUGCUGCUCAGCGCCUGCUGCCUCCUGGCCCGCCGGAGGCUCCUGGUCGGGGUGGCGGACGGGGAGCUGCUCCGCCACAAGGUGCUGAAGGAGCUGAUCGAGCCCUACGAGCUGCGGGCCGCCAAGCUGCGCGAGUUCCUGGCGGACGUGAAGCCCUCAGUGCUUUAUGACAUUGUGCCCCUGGCCGACCCCUACGGCCCCGCGGUCACGGACCCCGAGCUGCGCUGCAUUGUCGUCAGCGAGGAGACUCGCAAGGGAGGGGAGGCUGUGAACAAGAAGAGACUCGAGAAUGGGCUCGCCGCGCUGGAGCUCUUUGAGAUCCAGCUGAUCAAGGACCCCGAGCACGGCCAGAACGAGGAGGAGAAGAUCAGUUCCUCCAGCCUGCGGCAGAGGCUGCUCGGGACGCUGCUGCGGCCCCCGCGGGAAGCCCCCACCUUGCCGUCUCGCCCCUACGUGAUCGGCCUGACCGGAGGCACCGGGAGCGGCAAAACCUCCAUCGCCAGGCUCCUGGGGCAGCUCGGAGCCUUCCUCAUCGACGCCGACAAGCUGGGCCACGCCGUCUACCUCCCCGGGGGCCCUGCCUACGAGCGGGUGGUGGCGGCGUUUGGGGCAGAAAUCUUGAACGAAGACGGGACGGUUAACAGGAAGGUCCUUGGGGCCAAAGUGUUUGGAAACCAGGAGCGGCUGAAGAGCCUCACAGACAUCGUGUGGCCUGAGAUAGCCCGGCUGGUCAGGAAGGAGAUCGGGGAAGCCGAUGCUCAAGGGAAAGCCGUGUGCGUGCUGGACGCUGCCGUGCUGCUGGAGGCUGGCUGGCAGGAGAUGGUGCACGAGGUGUGGACGGCCGUCAUCCCCGAGGAGGAGGCUGUGAAGCGCAUCGUGGCCAGGGACGGGCUGAGCGAGGAGGCUGCUCGCAGCCGGCUGCGGAGCCAGAUGAGCAACAGCCAGAGGGUGGAGCAGUCGCAGGUGGUGCUGUGCACGCUGUGGGAGCCGGACGUCACCCGCAAGCAGGUGGAGAAGGCCUGGGACCUCCUGCAGCAGCGCAUGAGCCACACACCCGCGGCUGGAUCGCCGUCCUCCUAACGGCCCCGCGGGGCACCCGUGCAUCGAGCAGCGCUGGGACGUGGGGCGAGGGCAGAGCCCGGCGUCGGGCACCGUCCGUGAACUGGGUGCGGAGGGGCUGGGGCUGAUCCCCCCCCCCUGCUGCAUCCCCACCCCGCAGAGGGGCCGGGAGCACCCUGCCCUGCUGCUGCCGCCGGACACCGUGACCCCAGGAGUGGGAAUAAGCUGGAAUUGCUGCAGCGGCGCCUUGGGCCAGAGGGCUGAGCCCCCACCGGUGCCUGCACCUCCCGAGAGCAGGGGGCAGCGCCUGAAGCCAACCCCAAAGGGCUGGGGACAGGCCCUGGGCGCUGUGAACCCGUCCCCGUGUGACAGUUAAAGAGCAGUUUUCCUUGGCA